UACCAGCGUUGAAAAAGACACAGAUGCGGAAGUCUGAGCGUCAGCGCGUGCGUUUGUUGAUGUUUGUGUUUUAGGAUAAAUGUACUGUGUUGUGUUUACAGGCUGACUUUAAAGUGCACAAGUACACAGGGAGAGAGAGAUGUUUGCAGACCUGAACAGCAUUCUCAACACCAGCCUUAAUGACGUCACACAGGGAGAGUUUAUCCUGCUGUCAGACAGGAAGGCAGAUGCCUCAUUCCUCAUCCAUCACUUCCUCAGUUUUUACCUGAAAGCCGGCUGUCGAGUGUGUUUCGUGGGUCUGGUGCAGUCGCUCAGUCACUACAACGCCGUGGCUCAGAGGCUGGGAGUAAACCUGAUGCAGGCGAAGGAGAAAGGGCAGCUGGUGUUUGUAGAAGCUCUGAAGGCCUCGGCUGCAGUGAUGCUGAACGAGAGCAGCGGUGAUGUAGCGCAUCUGUUUGACUAUCUCAGGUCUCCUGUUCCUGAGCUCAGAUCUCUGUUUAAGUUCGUGCAUGCCUCUCUGAGUCAGGGCGGGGCCGGGGCGGACUCCAGCUCUCCCCCGGUGCUGAUUGUGGAUGAUCUCAGCGUGUUGUUGAGUUUGGGCGUCAGCGUCAGAGCCGUUCUGGAUUUCACACAUUACUGCCAGGCCGCCAUCUGCUCCCAGCUUCAGGGGUGUGUUGUAACUCUUGUACGAUGUGAGGAUGAUGAUGAUGAUGAUGAUGAUGAUGAGGAUGAAGAGAGCUCCAGGAGUCUCCUGCACGCCAUGAGGCAUCAGUGUACUCUCUCGCUGCGUGUGGAGGGACUUCAGACUGGUUACUGCAGGGAUAUCCAUGGCCAGGUGGAGAUUUGGUGGAGAGGAAGCGGAGAGGACGCGCCGAGCCAGAAAAAGAUCUUUCAGUACAAAGUCUAUGAUAAAGGAGCGUCCUUCUUUGCACCUGGAACCUCGAGUGCCGUGCUCUAACAUUCCACCAUGAUGAGGAUGAUGAUGACGAAGGACUCGUUGUGUUUCUAGGACUCUCAAGCUUUUUAUUUAAAUAUAUUUCCCAGACUUUUCUUCAUUUUUUUUUAGUGAUGAUAUGAUUAUGUAUGU